AUGUCCCCAUUCGAUCCUCCACUUCUCUUCACCAGGGUCUCGAAGCAAUGGAAAACAGUGGCAGAAGCAACACCCACACUUUGGUCCCGUCUUUCGUUCAAAUUGGUCGUCAGCUCCUAUGGCGAACGCGUUGACGCCGACGGUAUCGAUCAGAGAAUCGACAAACUGGAGGCCCAAAGAGCUGCGAUUAUCCACUGGCUCACUUUGGCUGCUGGUACCGAUGUCUCGAUAUCCAUAUCGAUUAUCGACGAUAGUCGUGACCUGAUUGUACCACAGCGGCACGUAGCGCACCAGCUUGUCGAUCAACUUUGCGAAAGCUGCUUCACGAGUCACUGGGCGCAGCUUUCCAUUCCAGAGGAACUGGCUGAGCGCUAUCGGUCCAAACUGCUUUCUGUCCCCAAGGACAGCCUCCGAUCGUUGAAGAAACUCGAAUACGCACCUCCGUACUACAGCCGCACCCCAGGCCGGAAGUUGCUGGGUGAAAGCGGCUUAAUCGCGCUCCCGACGCUCACCUCCCUCGUCCUCUGGAACCUGUUCGGAGACACUCCACUGCAGGACCUCCCAAUCAACUGGGAAGGCAUCACGGAACUCGAUUUACAGGCGUCGGAGAAAGGGGAGGUCCUCGGGUGGGAACCGGGAUCCAUCGAUUUUGUGCACUCCAGGUGCCCCAAUCUCCGAGCUCUGUCAUUUCGAUUUGCACCGGCUCUUCCGACCCCGCUGCCAUGUAGUAUCACGGGGAAUCUGAAGCCCAAGACGUUCACGAACCUUGAAGACUUCCGCAUCGAAACUGCGAACAACUUGUACGGUCUGACGGUCUCUCCCGAGUGGAUGACGACCAUCUCCGUCCCGUCCCUCGUUCGUUUCGCGUAUCGCAACACCAACCUGGGUCCCGAGUUGGAGAGUGCCAUUCUCCCUUUCCUGAGGGCAAACAAAGACAAUCUGGGAAACCUCAGAGAGGUCGAGUUGAGCGGGCUGUUGCGGAAUCAGGUGGAACUCCUCCAUUUUUUAGAGAUUCUAGGUGGGAGUGGGACCCGCGUCGAACGAUUGAAGUUCGACUGGGAGAAUCAUGGACAAUGCUGGUACCUCUCCGAGCGUCCGGCACUUUUGACAGCCUGGAUCCUGGAGAAGCUUACACCUUCACCGUCCGAAGAGGAAGGUGAACUUGGAGGAGAAGGGAUUGCACAGUGUCUCUUCCCUCGAUUGAAGUACUUGGAUUUUGGGACGGUCCACCCAUUCCGUGAUGAAUUCGAGGAGGAUGGCUUGAUGCGCUUCUUGGAAGGACGGUUUCGGGCGAGCGGGAAAGGGGCAGUGGCGCAGCUGGAGUAUGUGGGCGUCGAGUUUUAUUCGCAAGGGGAGGAAAGGAUGGUGGGUGACCUUUCUGGAUGGAGAAGUCGGUUAGAAAACCAGGGCCUUCAUAUCGACAGAGAUUUCGUAUUGAGGUGCGGUAAUGCCGGGGCGGUGCAGGAUUAG